AUGACCGAACCCAUCAAGAUCAGUAUCUUGGGUCGGGAGAGCAUCGUCGCGGAUUUUGGCCUGUGGCGCAACUAUGUGGCCCAGGACCUGAUCACCGGCCUGCCCUCCACGACUUAUGUCCUCAUUACCGAUACCAACCUCGGAUCCAUCUAUACCCCAAGCUUUCAAAAAGCAUUCGAAACCACCGCCGCCUCAGUCAACCCAGCCCCGCGCCUGUUGGUCUACAAUGCCGCACCCGGUGAGAGCUCGAAGUCCCGCCAGACUAAAGCCGACAUUGAAGAUUGGAUGUUGAGCCAAAACCCGCCAUGUGGUCGCGAUACUGUCGUUAUUGCCCUGGGCGGAGGAGUGAUUGGUGAUUUGACUGGUUUCAUUGCCGCGACCUACAUGCGUGGGGUUCGCUUUGUGCAAGUCCCCACCACCCUCCUCGCCAUGGUGGAUUCCUCAAUUGGAGGUAAAACAGCCAUUGAUACGCCGCUAGGUAAGAACUUGAUCGGUUCCAUCUGGCAACCGUCAAGGAUUUACAUUGAUCUCGAAUUUUUGGAGACCCUUCCCGUCCGAGAAUUCAUCAAUGGCAUGGCCGAAGUUAUCAAGACCGCCGCCAUCUCAAGCGAGGAAGAAUUCACUGCACUCGAAGAUAAUGCGGACCUGAUCCUCAAUGCUGUGCGUGGCGAGGCUAAGCCUGGCCAAGGCCGCUUUGAUGGCAUUCGUGAUAUCCUGAAGGCCAGAAUUCUGGCAUCUGCCCGCCACAAGGCCUUUGUUGUCUCCGCAGAUGAGCGUGAAGGUGGUCUCCGCAAUCUUCUGAACUGGGGACACUCAAUUGGCCAUGCCAUUGAAGCUAUUCUUACCCCACAGAUCCUCCACGGCGAGUGUGUUGCCAUUGGUAUGGUCAAGGAGGCCGAGCUUGCCCGACACCUGGGCAUCCUGAAGGGUGUUGCCGUGGCCCGUGUUGUCAAGUGCAUCUCCGCCUACGGCCUUCCCACUUCCAUGAAGGACGCUCGAGUGAGGAAAUUGACAGCUGGCAAGCAUUGCUCAGUGGAUCAACUGCUCUUCAAUAUGGCCCUGGACAAGAAGAACGACGGACCCAAGAAGAAGAUCGUUCUUCUGUCAGCGAUUGGACGCACCCACGAGCCCAAGGCUAGUGUUGUUGCCAACGAAGAUAUCGGUGUUGUUCUGGCACCUAGCGUCGAGGUACACCCCGGCGUCCCCAAGACUCUUAAUGUGACCUGCUCGCCUCCCGGAUCUAAGAGUAUCUCCAACCGCGCUCUUGUUCUCGCCGCAUUGGGCUCGGGCACCUGUCGUAUCAAGAACCUUCUGCACUCCGAUGACACUGAGGUUAUGUUGAACGCCCUGGAGCGACUGGGAGCAGCCACUUUCUCCUGGGAAGAGGAGGGCGAAGUUCUUGUCGUCAACGGCAUGGGAGGUAAUAUCACGGCCAGUCCGUCUCCCUUGUACUUGGGCAACGCUGGAACCGCUUCCCGUUUCUUGACAACUGUUGCUACCCUUGCUACCCCGAGCACCGUUGACUCCAGCAUCCUUACCGGUAACAACCGAAUGAAGCAAAGGCCCAUCGGCGACCUUGUUGAUGCCCUGACCGUCAACGGCGCUAGUGUCGAGUAUAUGGAGAGCAAGGGCAGCCUGCCCCUUAAAAUUGGAGCUUCCGGUGGCUUCGCCGGAGGUAGUAUUAAUCUUGCCGCGAAGGUUUCUUCGCAGUACGUCUCUUCACUGCUUAUGUGUGCUCCCUAUGCCAAGGAGCCUGUGACUCUGAAGCUGGUCGGAGGCAAGCCCAUCUCCCAGCCCUACAUUGACAUGACCACCGCCAUGAUGCGCUCUUUCGGCAUUGACGUGAAGAAGUCCACCACCGAGGAACACACCUACCACAUUCCCCAAGGCCACUAUGUCAACCCUGCCGAAUAUGUUGUCGAGAGUGAUGCAAGCUCUGCGACUUAUCCGCUUGCCAUUGCAGCCAUCAGCGGUACCACUUGCACUGUUCCGAACAUUGGCUCUAAGUCUCUUCAGGGUGAUGCUCGUUUUGCCGUUGAUGUCUUAAGGCCGAUGGGCUGCACCGUUGAGCAAACCGAUUACUCCACCACCGUCACUGGUCCGGCUAGCGGCAUUCUUCGGCCGCUGCCCAACGUGGACAUGGAGCCUAUGACUGAUGCUUUCCUAACUGCCUCUGUUCUCGCCGCUGUCGCCCGUGGCGAUGGCUCAAACCACACCACCCGUAUCUACGGAAUUGCCAACCAGCGCGUCAAAGAGUGUAACCGAAUCAAGGCUAUGAAGGAUGAGCUUGCGAAGUACGGUGUUGUCUGCCGUGAACACGACGAUGGUAUCGAGAUCGACGGCAUUGAGCGAUCUACCCUCCGCCAACCCGCCGGAGGCGUUUUCUGUUACGACGACCACCGUGUCGCCUUCAGCUUCAGUGUCUUGUCACUUGUGGCUCCCAAGUCUACUCUCAUCCUCGAGAAGGAGUGCGUUGGAAAGACAUGGCCCGGCUGGUGGGACGCUAUGAAGCAACUUUUCGGUGUCAAACUUGACGGCAAGGAGCUGAGUGAAGAGGAGCUUGCUACCUCCACAGAGGAGGAGAAAGCCAGUGCUUCCGUCUUCAUCAUUGGCAUGCGUGGCGCUGGAAAGACUACUGCCGGAAACUGGGUUGGAUCAAGCCUCGACCGACCUUUCAUUGAUCUUGAUACCGAGUUAGAAACGACCGAGGGAAUCACCAUUCCGGAGAUGAUCAAACAGCGUGGCUGGCAAGGAUUUCGCGAUGCGGAGCUUGCCGUGCUUCAGCGUGCUAUGAAAGACCGACCUACCGGCUAUGUUUUCGCCUGCGGUGGCGGUGUAGUUGAGAUGCCCGAGGCCCGUAAACUCCUCGCUGACUAUCACAAGAACAAGGGUAAUGUUCUCCUUAUUAUGCGUGAUAUCAAGCAAGUCAUGGAUUUCCUCCAGGUUGACAAGCUUCGUCCUGCCUAUGUGGAGGAUAUGAUGGGAGUAUGGCUGCGUCGCAAGCCCUGGUUCCAAGAAUGCAGCAACAUUCAGUACUACAGCCAACACUCCAACAACACAGAGCUUGCCUUGGCUUCAGAAGACUUCCAGCGCUUCAUGCGGGUUGUCACCGGCCGACAAGAUAACCUCAACAUUAUCAAGAAGAAGAAGCACUCUUUCUUCGCCUCCUUGACUCUGCCCGACUUGCGUCAAUGUGGUGAUAUCCUCAGCGAGGCCUGUAUCGGCUCUGAUGCCGUGGAACUGCGGGUCGAUCUUUUGAAGGAUCCGGCUUCGGAUAACGAUAUCCCCUCCGUGGAUUUUGUUGCUGAGCAAAUGUCUUUCCUCCGUCGCCGUGUUACGAUUCCCCUCAUUUUCACCAUCCGUACCAAGAGCCAGGGUGGUCGCUUCCCCGAUGAUGCCCAUGAAGCUGCCGCGCAGCUAUACCGUCUGGCGUUCCGCUCGGGAUGCGAGUUUGUUGAUCUUGAGAUUGCUUUCCCCGAUGAGCUUCUCCGUUCUGUCUCUGAGAUGAAGGGCCACUCGAAGAUUAUUGCCUCUCACCACGACCCUCAAGGCAAGCUGUCGUGGUCCAACAUGUCUUGGAUUCCAUCUUACAAUCGUGCACUGGAGUAUGGUGAUAUUAUCAAGCUGGUUGGCGUCGCCAACACCCUGGAUGACAACACCGCUCUGCGGAAAUUCAAGAACUGGGCUGAGGAGGCUCACGAAACUCCAUUGAUCGCCAUCAACAUGGGUGACACUGGCCAGCUCAGUCGCAUCCUGAACGGUUUCAUGACACCCGUCUCCCACCCUAGCCUUCCUUUCAAGGCUGCUCCCGGCCAACUCUCUGCGACUGAAAUCCGCAGGGGUCUGUCGCUCAUGGGUGAGAUUAAGGCUAAGAAGUUCGCCAUCUUCGGUUCGCCUGUCUCUGGCUCACGCUCCCCCGCGCUCCACAACACCCUCUUCGGCGAGAUGGGCCUUCCCCACAGCUACGGCCGCCUAGAGACCACCAAUGUUGAGGACGUCAAGGAAUUUAUCCACGCUCCCGACUUUGGCGGUGCCUCUGUGACCAUCCCUUUGAAGCUAGACAUCAUGCCGCUCCUGGACGAGGUUGCCCAGGAGGCCGAGAUUAUCGGCGCCGUCAACACUAUUGUCCCUGUCGCCAACGGCAAUGCGGCCCCUCGUCUAGUUGGCUACAACACUGACUGGCAAGGAAUGGUUCAGUCUCUGCGUAACGAUGGUGUCUACGGCUCCAACGGUACCGAGAGUGCCGUGGUUGUCGGUGGUGGUGGUACCGCUCGCGCUGCCAUCUUCGCCCUACACCACAUGGGCUUCUCCCCCAUUUACGUUAUCGGUCGUACUGCCAGCAAGCUCGAGGGCAUGGUUUCGACUUUCCCCACCAGCUACAACAUCCGCAUUGUUGACAACUACAGCCAGCUAGACACUAUGCCCCAAGUCGCCAUCGGUACUAUCCCUGCCGAUAAGCCCAUCGACCCAAUGAUGCGUGAAACUCUCUGCCAGAUGUUCGAGCGUGCCCAGCAGGUCGACGGCACCGUCAUUGGCAAGUCCGCUGAGGGCCAGUCGCCCCGUGUUCUUCUCGAGAUGGCCUACAAGCCUUCGGUAACCGCGCUGAUGCAGCUCGCUUCCGACUCGGGCUGGAAGACAAUCCCUGGACUUGAGGUUCUUACUGGCCAGGGCGUUAAUCAGUUCAUUCACUGGACCGGAAUCACUCCUCUGUACCACGUCGCCCGAGCUGCUGUUAUGGGUGAUGGUUCUGCCUAA